CAUACGAACGUCGCGAGUUAAAGGACGCGGUUGCUUAUUUAUAAUUAAUAUACAAAAUAUACUUUAAUUCAAGCGUAUAGUUCGUUUUUUUAGCAUUAGAAAGAAGUUGAAAGAAGAGAUCCAGGGCUUUAAGGGGCCCACUGAUUACCAGUUCGCCUACCGCGAACCACGUUCGACGUGUUGCCUCACUGUCGCACUUGUGAAUUGGUACGUUAGUGUGACAGGGAGGCCCUCUGAAGGAGCUGGUUCUAUUCUGACCUCGACCACUGGAGGCCCUUGUCACUUUUUCUUUAGUAUGUGAUUUAAUUAAAAAUUAAAUAUAAUUUAAUUAGGUAUAAAUUAUUGAGUCAUGACUUCAAAACGAGUUUUUGAGAAGUUGAAGAAGCGGUUUGCAGACAAUGACGUCGACUCGCCUCUAAACUUCAAGUACGUCAACCAGCUGCAGGUCAUCAUGAGUUCCAUAGGGUCAUGGCCCCACAAGCAGUUCGGUCGCCACAGGCUCCAUACUAUACUAUCUCUGUAUAACCUGCUACUACAAGCCCUCUGUGCCCUGAUGUUCAUUCUCGGGGUCCUGUAUUGGCGGCAGAGGAUGCAUACAAUGUCGUUUUUCGAUUCGGGGCACAUAUUUUUGUGUAUGAUUUUUGAUCUUUUGGUUUUGAUAAGAUUACUGGUGGCUCGGACGAUGAAAUAUCAAGAAACAAUUAAAGAUUAUUUACUUGAGUUUCACCUGUUCUACUUCAAGAAUCGAUCGCCUUAUGCUGCAAAGGUACAUACGCAAAUUCAUACCAUAUCAGGAAUGUUCAGUUUUUACGUCAUAUGCCAAAUGGCUCACGGCGUAUUAUUGUUCGUGCUGAUGCCAUGGUACAAUAACUUCAAAAACGGCAUGUUUGGCAAAAACAGGCCAGAAAAUAGCACUUUCGAGAAUUCAGCCUAUUACUAUCUGCCUGAUGCCUGUUAUACCACUUUAAAAGGGUACUGGAUAUUAUUCGCUUUUAAUUCUUUCACAUCCUACAUCGUAACUAUUGGUCUCUUCGAGUUCGACCUUCUAAUAAGUUUAAUGGUAUUCCAAAUUUGGGGCCACCUUAAAAUAUUGAGACAUAACUUGUUAAACAUGCCUCCGCCAGAAAACAGCAAAAAUGGCAUGUACUCUGUAGAAGAGAAUAUUAAAAUCCGAGCAUUGUUGAAGGAAAUAUAUGAACAUCACAACUUGAUUAUAAACGUUUUCCCGGUCCGCUUUCCUGCUCAGUCUUCUCCACUUUACCCGGUCUUCGGCAUCCUCAGAUUCGUGAACAGGUGUUCCAACGCAUUCAGCGAGUACUUGUUCACGUUUUACCUGUUCAUGCAGUUCAUCACCUGCAUCUUACUGCUGGAGGUAUCCUCGUUCACUGCCGACGCGCUGGCUAAAUACGGCCCCUUAACCAUUGGGAUGCAUCAGCAGUUAAUACAAGUGUCGAUUCUUUUCGAAAUGUUAAACACCAAGAGCAAUCAACUGAUCGACGCCAUUUACGCCAUACCAUGGGAACACAUGGAUACGAGGAACAGGAAAACAGUUCUGUUCUUGAUACGCAGGAUCCAAAAACCUGUCAGUCUGAAGGCUGGCGGUAUGGUGCCGGUCGGAGUCAAUACUAUGAUGGCGGUUCUGAAGGGUUCUGUCACGUACUACAUGAUGCUGAAGGCUUUUGCCGGUGAACGGUAAAUCUGGUAAGAGAAGUGGGAGAAGAAGAAGAACAAUAACAACAGCAAGAACAACAACAUGAACAACAACAACUCAAUUCGAACAAUGCUUAUAAUAUAAGGUGUCACAGCGAUACGAUACCGAACUGUCAGUGUCAAAAGUGACGUUAUCCUUUUCGCUAUGGACAUAUAUGGCACUCUAGUUAAUUACAUGGAAGAUAUAUUAUUUAGAUUACUUUUAAAUUACUCCGCAGUCUAAAUUGUCCCCCUGCACUUAACAUAAUAAUCCAACAAUUAAAUUAUUUCUAGCAUAAAUACACAUAAUAUCUCGAACAUUUUUUUAGAAAAUUUUUUUGAAGUUAACUAUAAACUUAAUUUUGAGUAAUAUUAGUAAACAAUAAAUAAAUGUAUGAAAUAUAUAUACAAAAUGUAAUACUAAUAAUUAUUAAUUAAUGUUGAUGUUAUUUAUACACUAAUAAUUAUGUCUUGUAAUUAUAAGUACAAUGCUUUAAAUUUACAAACCGCGACUUGUAACAGUUGUAACGAUGUAAAGAAGGAUAUGUUACUAAUAAAUAUUUUCAUUUCUUUU